AUGGGACGAGGACGAUUCAACAAGAGACGCGGCGGACGCGGCGGCGGCGGCGGUCGCGACGGCGGCGGCGCUUUCGCUCGUGACUUUAAGCGACAAAAGCGCGGCGACGAUCGGAACGCGAGCGAUCACGGCGGACACGCGGACAUCGUUCGAGAGAAUGCGCAGUUUGAGGCGUAUUACAAGGCGCAGAAGAUCGUCCCGGAGCAAGAGUGGGAGGAAUUCCUGACGAGUCUGCGGACGCCGCUGCCGAUGACGUUUAGGAUCAACGGAAGCGGCAAGUUCGCGACGGAUCUGCGGGAUAACCUGGAGGGAACGCUCUUCGCCGAGUUGUUGGAGACAAAAUUGGUGGACGAGGAGAACCACGAGAUCCCUCCGCCCAAGCCUCUGGCGUGGUAUCCCGAGCGCUUGGCGUGGCAGUGCAGCUACACGCGAACUCAACUGCGGUCCAAGCCGAUUUUGCAAGGGAUCUUCGACUUCAUCAAGACGGCGAACGAGAUCGGAUCAAUCUCCAGACAGGAGGCAGUGUCGAUGAUUCCGCCUUUUUUCUUGGACGUUCAGCCGCAUCACCGGGUUUUGGACAUGUGCGCCUCUCCUGGGAGCAAGACGUUUCAGAUUUUGGAACGCAUGCACGGCGAUUUCGAGGGUAACGCCAAGCUCCCGACCGGUUUCGUCGUCGCCAACGACGUUGAUUUGAAGCGUUGCAACUUGCUCACGCACCAGACGAAGAGAGCGAACUCGCCGACGCUUCUCGUGACUAAUCACGAGGCACAAAAUUACCCUGUCAUCAAAGGUCCGAAGGGCGAGGUCUUUGAUUUCGACGCUAUUUUGUGCGAUGUCCCGUGCACCGGCGACGCGACGAUGCGUAAAUCUCCCGAUAUCUGGACUAGAUGGACGCCUGGCAACGGCAACGGGUUGCAUAGCCUGCAGCUUAAGAUUGCUAUGCGCGGUGCGCAGCUCGUCAAGGUGGGCGGUCGGCUCGUGUACAGCACGUGUUCGUUGAAUCCCAUCGAGAACGAAGCAGUCGUGGCGGCGCUUUUGAAGGAGUGCAAGGGUGCGUUAGAACUUCUCGACGUCAGCAAAGAGUUACCGGAUCUCAAGCGAAGCCCUGGAAUUCACGAUUGGCAAGUGUGGGACAAGUUUGGAUACCAUCCAUCAUUUGACGGAGGGGAGGAAAUGUACAAGCUGAGUAGGACCAUGUUUUCAGAUGAAGAAACGAAAAAAUUGCCCCUCGAGCGAUGCUUGAGAUUAUUACCGCAUCACCAGGACACCGGUGGAUUUUUCGUCGCCGUGUUCCAAAAGGUGGAGGCGAUGGAGGUUCCUGCUGACGCCUACACAAAGAAGCAAGCGAUGAAGGAGCGCAUUCGCCUUACGCUCAGUGUCAACGCACAGGACGAAAUCAAAAUGUCUCAUGAGGUGUAUCAGUUGGUCAGUAAGGGUGCAUCAGACGUGGUUCCUCCGAUUGAAGGUGAAAACGGCGAGUACCUGCUCCCGCACCGGGGCGCGAAGGGUCCAAACGGAGGGAGCAGGUGGUUGGGCAUCGACCCGGUGUUGCCAGUGAACGAUCCCAAGGUGAUUAACAGCAUCUACGACGUGUACGGCAUUAGGAGUGAGGACAUAGCGUUGCACAAGAACUGUGUGACGCGUACCCUGGACACCUCUCGCCCGAAGCGUGUGUACACAAUGACUGAUUCGUUGCGAGAGUAUUUGGCGUGCGACGUGGGCGAGAGCCUUCGCGUUACGUGUUGUGGUCUGAAGGCGUUCGAACGUCAGGAAAUCAAAGAGGAUGACGAGGAUGACGUGUGCGAUUACCGUCUCACUCAAGACGGUCUACCGAUGAUGUUCCCUUUCGUGACGAAGCGCAUCAUCCGUCCCACGUUUACUGACUACAAGAUGCUCCUGGAGCGCCGCACGCUGGCGUUCGAGUACAGCGCCGACGCGCCUCAGCGCGCCGUCGUUUCCGACCCAGAGACCAAAAAGGCAUUGCUCGAUCUCACGCUUGGGUGCUGCGUCCUCGUUCCCAAGGAUGAAGAUCUCGCUGCGCACAACUUCACGAUGCAGGAUUUGGCCAUCGCGUGCUGGAGAGGACGCACCUCCACCAACCUCCUCGUCUCCAAGGCGGAGACGAUCCACUUCAUCGACAAAGUUCGAGCCGUCCCCGUCCUCGCCACCGAAUCCAAGGGCGAAGCUCCCAUGGAAACGGCGUGA